GGCAGAGGCUCUGCUAUGCCUGGAUCACGCAGUGACUGGCACUCCAGAUGUCAAAUGUCACAUUAUCAGUUCUUUUAUUAAAAGCCAGUUAGUGGCAGGCCAAGGAGGGGCAAUUACCAGACCCUGCACAGACCACAGCAGGGACCAACCCAGCAUCCUCCACCACUCUUUUAAGCUCAUUCCUUCAGCAUCGUUUCCUACUCCCCACGAAGGCAGAGAAAGGUACUUUUUAACAGUAUUCUACAUAUUUGGAAGCCUGACUCGACUUUCAGACUUGCUUCAUUAGGGUGAAGGACCCCAAUUAGCUCAGCUAUUCACAAUACUGAAUUUUAAUUGCCCUUGGCACUUUACCCCAGGGUCCUCCCACACUGUUCAUCAUCUUCCUUGAAACCAGACACCCCGAGCCAGACACAAUACCUUUGCUGGAACCUAACCAACGCUGCCCGACUGGGCAACGGGAGAAGAAACGUCACUGGUAGAUCAAUGUAAUCUUACAUGGCAUAACAGAGUUUUGGUUUUUAAUUAGAGUUCAAGGAAUGUUUUUCCCUGUACGACAAGAAACAAAAAGGCAAGAUAAAAGCCUCCGACCUGAUGGCAGUGAUGCGGUGCCUGGGAGCCAGCCCGACGCCAGCAGAGGUGCAGAGGCACCUGCACUUGCACAAGAUCGACAGAAACGCAGAGCUGGAUUUCUCCACUUUCCUGAAUAUAAUGUACAGACAAAUGAAGCAAGAGGAACCCGAGAGGGAAAUCCUCACAGCCUUGUCUAUGAUAGACAGGCAGAAGAGAGGCGUUAUCACCGUUUCGGAGCUGAGAGCCAAACUUACAAGAUUAGGAGAAAAGCUUUCCGAGGAAGAAGUUGAUGACCUGCUAAAAGGAGCCAAAGUUGGACCAAAUGGAACAAUAAAAUAUGAAGAAUUUGUCCACACCAUUUGUCUUCCUACAGUUGACUACUAAAAUUCAAAGCAAGAGAAGAACCUGAAACUUAUUUUGAUUUCAGUUUCUUCUAGUUACUGUUUGGACUCAGGAGUCAUCAUUUCUCUUUAAAAAUCCUUAUUUUGCCUUCAUGAUAGUGCUUACGCUUACACAGGUUCCCACCCUAUUUCUGAAGAAAUGUUGUCACAAAACAUGAGCUGUUACUUAAAUAAAUCAAAUGUGACAUUCCCUUGUG